AUGGCAGACACCUCGUGCAAACUUCCCGCAACCCACAUCCUACAAAACAGCUUCUCACCUGCCUUCCACCACGCCCUCGUCGCCAACCAUGCGACCAACCACCCAGCAAAUUUCCUGCAGCUGGUAGAAUCCCAGGUGGAGCUCGUAACGGGCCUCGACAUACACGGCACAUGGCCCGACUCGAUCGCGCAUUUCCUGUGCGUCUUUGAUACUGUGUUUAGCGAGCGCGCCAAGCAGCAGAUUGUACAGAACAUGCGUUGUUUUGAACAGACUUCCGACAUGUCUGCUGAUGCGCUGAUUGGUCAUCUGACGUUUAGUGGGUGGGUGCGGAGGCUCGUUGAGCAGAUGGAUCGGUGCGAUGAAGUGGGGGCUGGGGCUGCGAAGAUGAGCUUGGAUGGAGGUACUAGAGGCUCUUUGAUGCGAGGAAAGUGUAAGUGA